AUGUCUCAAGAUAACGUAAAAUUAAUGAAUUACAAUGAUAUCAAAAAAAUAGGAAGGGAGCAUAAUUUGUAUGAAACAGAUGAACUCAAUGAAGUACUAUACUUGCAUAUGAAAGGGUUUCAUAAUAUUGAUGGUCUAGAUACUUUUAUAAAUUUAAAGUGUUUAUUUUUGAAUAACAAUUGCAUAAAAAAAAUAGACAAUUUAAAUAACCUAGUCAAUUUAAAAGCCUUGUAUUUGCAAAAUAACGACAUAAGUACCAUUGAAAAUAUUACAUGUACUUCUUUGGUGAUUUUAAAUUUAUCGAAUAAUAAAAUAAAAACACUUGACAAUAUUCAACAUUUAAAAUUGUUGCAAACAUUAAAUAUAUCGAAUAAUUUGAUUGAAAGUGUAAAAGACAUAGAACAGAUUAGCGCCCUGGAAAACCUUUCCCAUUUAGAUAUAUCUAAUAAUCUUAUUCAAUUUAAUAAUAAUAUAGAAAAACCAAAUAAUCGUAUAGAAGACUUAACACAUGAUUGUAACGAUGAUCAGUUUAUAAUUGAAAAUAGCGUUACAGAAAAUGGAAAGGAUUUUUUACAAAAUAAUGAAAUUUGUUACAUGUUAAAUUUUUAUAAUAAUUUUAAUGACGAAAUAAAUAAAGAAGAAAUAUAUCCUUCUGUGAAAUAUCAUAAAAACAUAAAAGAUAUGGAUGAAUUAACUAAACAUAAAUUUUACUUUUUAAGAGAAUUUAUUAUAUUUAUAAAAAAAAUUAAAAAAUUGAAAACCUUGUUCAUAAAAAAUAAUCCCUUCAUAAGCCAAAUUAGGCACGUCUCAAAAUAUUUUAUAGCAAAUAUACCCACAUUGGUAUUUCUGGAUGAUAAGAAAAUUAAAAAGGAAGACAUUUGUUUGGCACGAAUUUUUUUGAAAAAGGGUACACACGAAGAAAACGAACUUAAAAAAAUAUUUCAAAAAAAAAAAAUGGAUAAAUAUAAAAAUUUAUCACACAAAUAUCAUUCCUUUUUAAUGAACAAAAAAUUAUAA